GCCACACAUUCUCGGAGAAGCGGAUGAUGAUGAUGAUGAUGAUGAACAGAAGCGCGUGAAGUCCUUGUGGAUUCACUGUCGGGGUAAUGGAUGUAAAGCAUGAUUGCUGUUGGUAUUAUUCCCCCUGAGAGACUGAGAUGGGGGACCGUGUGCGGACCCGGAGUUUCACGACCAAGUCCCGGGUCUCUAAGGAGACGAAGCUCCGGCUGCGGGUGAUCUUCUUGGAUGACAGUGAGCGCACGUUUGAGGUGGAGCAAAAGGUUUUAGGUGGCGACUUCUUCAACAAAGUGUGUGGUCAUCUGAAACUGUUGGAGAAAGAGUACUUUGGGCUGGAGUUUAGACACCACAGCGGCAGCUAUGUGUGGCUGGAGCUGCUGAAGCCACUGGCCAAACAGAUCAAACACAACAAUGAUCUGUUCUUCAGGUUUAUAGUCAAAUUCUUCCCACCAGACCCAGGGCAGCUUAAAAAAGGCCUCACCAGGUAUCUUUUUGCCUUACAGAUAAAGCAGGACUUGUCUAACGGUAGUCUGACCUGUAAUGACAACAGUGCCGCCCUGCUGGUCUCUCAUAUACUGCAGUCAGAGCUAGGGGAUUAUGACGAGGAGCUGGACUGUCAGCAUUUGGAGAUGAAGCAGUAUGUCCCCAACCAGGAAUAUCUGGACCACAAGAUCAUCAAGCUACACAAGAAACACAGAGGUGCCUCUCCAGCAGAGUCGGAUAUCCAGCUGCUUGAAGUGGCAAGGAAGUUGGACAUGUAUGGGAUCAGGCCUCACCCAGCCCACGAUGGAGAGGGAAUACGGAUCAACCUGACUGUGACACACUCUGGAGUACUGGUCUUUCAAGGAAACACCAAAAUCAAUACAUUUAGCUGGGCGAAAAUCAGAAAGCUGAGUUUCAAACGCAAACAUUUCCUCAUCAAACUACAUGACAAAGUUGGGCCAUUGCGUAAAGACACAUUGGAGUUCUGCAUGGCCAGUCGUGAUGUGUGCAAGUCCUUCUGGAAGAUGUGUGUGGAGUACCACGCCUUCUUCAGACUGGCCGAGGAACCGAAGGCAAUACACAAAACACUGCUGUCCUGUAAGGGCUCCAGCUUUAGAUACAGUGGACGGACACAGAAACAGCUGAUGGAGUGUAUGGGAUCAGGGGAGAAGAAGCCUUCACACUUUGAGAGGACUUACUGUCAGUCAGACUAUGACCCCAGACAGUGUCAAUCUUCUCCUGAUCUCCUCACCGAUGUCUCCAAACAAGUGUAUGAGCACUCCCGCCCAUUUCCUCAGUUGGGCCAUGCCUUGGUGGUCCGAAGUCAGGAUGAGUUGGAUCCACAUUAUAGAGAAACAGAUGAGAUUGAAAUCAGGGGAUUAAGAACUAAAUGCAGCCAAUCAUCUGUUGAGGUCACCCAGAGGUCCCGGCCUCUCUCACAAGUCACCCCCAAAGCUCUGUCUUUCCACCACUCAACCACAUCCCCGAAGAGAAGAUCAGCUUCAACAUCUAUGAUGGAGGAUAUGAGGGGACGCAUCUGUGCACAGCGCCAAGCCCAAAGGCUAGCUGGUAUCUAUAGCAACCGGUCACGACGUCGGGCAAGUCCCCAGCCACAUCCAGACGCUGCACAGCAGUUGGUUCUUCUUUACCCAAACAGCCGUGCCUACCGGUAUCACCCCAUCCUCCCCACAUUUCCAUUAGCCGGUUCCUCGCCAAACAACAGACACCCCCCUUUGACAGAUUACGUUGCUGUUUCUUCACUGGAGCGUUUCCCACUGACAAGAAGGAGGGAUUAUGUGACAAUGGAUGGUCUAUCUCUGCCAUCCUUUAACCCGUUAAGCCACGAUUCACCAUCUAAUUCACCAAUCAGGAGAAACUUCCACUCCUCUGGAUCAGGUGGGCUGGGAUUGGCCAGGGUUUACCAGCCAGGAAGCAAUGGAGCAAGGUUCUUGGGUGCUGGACAUACAGAGGCAGGGCAUUACAGUGAUGACUCCAGUUUCCUCCCGGGGCUGCCUCGCCGUGUGGCAAGCCAACCAGAUGUUAAGUUCCACCUCUCAAGGAGUUCCAACUCUGAUUUUAAUCCUGCCUCUGAGUUUCGGCCCCUUGGUUACUACCCCCACCUGACACGGCCCCCCAGACCCACUUACCUGCCACUAAACUCCUCACCUGUGCCUGAACGCCCCACUUCGCUGUGCAUGAUUAGAGCCACCAUGGGGAGCUACAGUGACUCAGACCAGGAGGUUUUCUAUCCAUAUUACUACCAACCACCUCCAUUGGGGAAGGCGGUACGCACCACCGGACUUGCCAGAAUGAGGUUUUCCUCUGGGAGCCUCCAGCUGGAUGAGGAGGAAGAGAGAGAUGAGGAAGAAGAUGGAGAAGUGAAGGAAGAAGUAAAUGAGUUGAAAGGUGAAGAGGACAGAGAAAAGACAGAAGCAGACAGGGUGAAGGAUACAAAGAAGAUUACAGAGGUCACACUGUAGAGAUUCAACUAAUAUACACAUGGAAACAGUUGAAAGGUUCGUGAAAACAAUCACAUUAAAAACUGUCAUUAAAAAAACAAGUACCACUGUUGUGAUAAAUGGGGUUUAGAAUUUUUUUUUAAGUGUACUCGCAGAUGAAAUGUAUUUUUUGCCUUGUUUUAACCAAUACCUUAUCUUCUAAAACCUAACAUAUUGCUGUUGCAUAGCCUCAUUAUGGGUACAGCCUAUUAAUACCUGCAAAAUAUCUACUGUAUGUAGCAGUCCUAGAUGACCAUCCAAGGUCAAGUAAGCCAUACAUGCUAUAGCAAUAGAAGUGCUGUUGCUACAGCACUAAAAUACCUUUUUUUAAUGACACUCGGAGCAUGGCAGCAUCGUUUUGAACCUGUCUGUUGCUGGGAAUCAGGUGUUAACCAGUCUCCAUUUUGCCUCAGUGGACUCUGAGCAUUUGAUUUUAUUGAACUUUAACUUCAUGAAUUGAAUUCUGGGGAAACACACCUGUCUUAAGUUCCCACUAGAAAUUUAGGACAACAUGCACUCUGUAAGCCAGAUUCUAGGAAACUGAAGUUUUUGUGGCUGUUUUCAUUUUUUCGAUGACUCACAAAGUAACAGCUGAGAACACAAAAUGACACCAUUGCUAAAAACGGGUAAAACAAGAAACACACAGUCGGAUGACAAACUGCUAGGCUAGUCAAAUGUACUGGUUAGAAAAUAUUAAGACAAAUGGUAAAAUUAUUAUCCAGAUUGUGUGUUAACAGUUUCCAGUUCAACUUCAGGUUGGCUGUGUACAGUGUGAAAUUAAACACAGGAUGUAAUAAAACAAAGUUUACUUAAGCACUGUUUGGCCGUUUAGUGGAAUUGAGGAAAUAGUUUCACCACUGUUUAAAAGAAAUACAUAUUUUAGGAGUUCUGUCAGUGUGAUGCACCUGUAGGGUUGGAAAAGAUAUUGCAAAACAUUCCAAUGUAUUUUGUGUGAACAGCUCUUGUGAAUUCUGUAGAAAUACGUGAACUAAAAGACUGUUUAUAUAGCAAUUUGUGAAUAAAGAAUUAUACACAAAAAAGGUAAAAUUGAUGAAAUUAAUACAAUGCAACAAGAUUUACAGAUUAGUCACAUGGUCAUGAUGUUUUGUAUAUUUAUCGUACUAAUUGUACAAUGGGUAAUUUCACCCAAGCAAUCAAAUUGUAUCCAG